AUGGCCAUUUUUCGACUAUUGAUUAUUCUCACUGUUGCAUACACUUCACUAUCUCAAUCAAUCAUCCAAAUCUCGACGGAAAAGCAAACCCUCUUGGCCUCCGAUGGAAUCUCCGACCACCCGAAAAUCCCUAAUGAUUUAUACUGCGAGAGCUGGAGGUUCACGGUGGAGACAAAUGAUGCCGGGAUCUGGGCCCAGGUUCCGGCGAGAUGUGAGGGAUUUGUGAAGGACUACAUGACCGGCGACAAGUACCAGUCGGAUUCCGAGGCCGUGGCUGACAAUUCCUUGGCGUAUGCGAAGACGGUAGAACUUCACGGCGAUGGGAAGGAUGCUUGGAUCUUUGACGUUGACGAGACAUUGCUUUCGAACAUUCCGUACUACGUCCGCCAUGGAUUUGGAUCAGAGAUCUUUGAUGAAGUUUCUUUCGAUAACUGGGUGGAUAUGGCUGAGGCACCUGCUAUACCUGCAAGUUUAAGGUUGUACGAGGAGCUUCUGGAACUUGGGUUUACCAUAAUUUUAUUGACUGGUCGGACUGAAUUUCAAAGGAAUGCUACAGCACGUAAUCUGGAGUACGCUGGAUACAGCAACUGGGAAAGGCUUAUCUUGAGGCACAAUUCUGAUCACGGUAAAUCGGCAACCAUCUAUAAAUCGGAGAGGAGGAAGCAGUUAGAAGACGAAGGUUACAAAAUUCACGGAAAUUCUGGCGAUCAAUGGAGUGACUUGACGGGAUUUGCAGUAGCUAAACGAUCUUUCAAACUCCCAAACCCGAUGUAUGUAAUUGCAUAA